CUUUGAAGUAAUCCAAUCUACAUGCACAUCUAAAAACAUUUGCUAUGUCGUUGAUGCACAUCCUUGUGAUUGCCCUUGUUGGGCAGAGUCUGGCGGAUGGCAAGCCGAAUCCAUCGGGUCCGCAAAAUGAAUCACGCAAGCCAAUGUUGGUGUUUGCCACAAAUGGCGAAGGCAAGACUAUGGAAGAUGAGAAGAAAACAGGAUUCCGUAGGAGCAUACCUCCUGGUGGAGCAUUAGGAUUUGGUGGAUUCGAUGCAGGCCUUGGAACGGGUUUUGUAGCCAACGGUGGUAACGCAGGAAGUUUCGGAAAUGGGUUAUUGACCAACAAUUUUGCAGGUAAUGCUGGCCUGGGUCUCGGGGUAGGUUUGACGGCCAAUAGUUUCAUGGGUACCGGUUUAGGAAACAACUUUGCAGGGAAUGGUUUAGCGGGAGGUACGUUUGGGGUAGAGGGAUUGAAUCCAACGCUGCAAGGAUCUCUGAAUCCAUUGACCUUCAGGAAUACGAUGGUUUAUUCGCCUUAUGGAACUAAUGCUGGAGCCUUUGGCGUCAGUGCUGCUGCACCGAAUCAAUUUGGCCUUAGCUCAGGUUUUUGGCCGAACAGGCAAGGAUCGAUGACCAACAAUUUUAAUGGAUUCAGUGGACUGGGGGGUUUGAACGACGUCUCAAGUUUCUCGGGAAUCAAUGGACUGAAUGGAUUCAACGGCGUGAAUGGGUUCAACAAUAUCCCUGGUGUCGGAGGAUUGAGCAGCCUCGGCGGUGUCAACACUUUCAGAAACGCAGGCAUCGGUGGACUGAAUGGCCUCAGCAGUUUGAAUGGUAUCAACACUGGCACCGGCUUCAAUAAUUUUGGGAGCUUGAGCAAUGGAAUCAACGGUUUCAGUAGCUUCGACAACCGAUUCAAUGGGUUUAAUAACGGGCUCAAUAGCUUCAGUUCAUUCAACACUGGAAUUCCGAGCGGGUUCAACAGUAAUCCCACUCAAUUCGGUGUCAACACGUUUGGUGGAAGCAGCUCUUUCAAGCGUUCGCCAUUAGAUCCAACGUCUCCAUAUUACACUCGGCUGUACAACUCUGAUAGCAACAACGAAGACGACCAGCAAACUAACUCUGGAUGGAGUACCAACCGCAAUUCCGGACAAUCUGCUAGCGGCCGAGGUGUCAAUACGGUGACCAGUCAGUCGGCUGGUGGCCAAAUUCGCAGCAACUCGAAUAGUUCCGUUUAAUGGCUUCUAACGUCUCAGACCGAUACCGAUCAUUCAACAGACUCUUUGUAAAAAAACAAACGAAAACGUUACAUUCUUUUCUCCCUUCUUAUUAGCUACUACUAAAUCUAUCGCUUUUGAAUAUUUUCAACGAAAUACACUUUUUUCCCAGUUA